UGCAGUGAACGGCAGCCGUGGAGAGCGAGCGAGGGAGAGAUAAACACAGAGAGUAUAGAAGAGAAGAGAGAGAGAGAGAGAGAGAGGGGAAGAAAAAGGCAAGAAAAACAAAGAGUCAGCAGACAGAAGAAGGAGAUAUAAAAAAACGAAAAAAGUCGAUAAAAGCCGAUUUGAAGAGGAAGCUCCGGACAAGCGACUGCUGCGCAUCAAAGGAGGGACCUUAUUGGGGACCUUAUUGGAGACCAGCGCCGGUAAAAACCGGACUCCGGAGGCGGAAUAUCACGGUGACACUCCAGAGCUCCUCUGCCCCCCCCCCCCCCCCACUCCUGAGGAUUCAGCGAGACAGGCGGAUCUGCGCGCCCGACCAUGGCCUUCCCAUCAGCCCCCUCCGCAUUAUGGAGUGUCAGCUUAUUGACAGUACUAUGCGCGGCUGCGGUUCACAGCAACAUUGUCUACGAAGAGGACCCUUUGCAGCCAGUGACCUCAGAUGAAACGGUGUCUGUGGGGGGCACGGUGACACUGACCUGCCACGUGCCUGAGAGCGACAACUCCUCGCUGCAGUGGUCCAACACUGCGCAACAGACCCUGUACUUUGGAGAGAAGAGAGCGCUUCGAGAUAACCGCAUCCAGCUGCACCGCUCGACAUCCACCGAGCUCUCCAUCACCAUCGGGGACGUGCAGCUGUCCGACGAGGGGGAGUACACCUGCUCCAUCUUCACCAUGCCGGUCCGCACCGCCCGAGCCACCGUCACCGUGCUAGGUGUGCCCGGUAAACCUCAGAUCUCAGGCUUUGAGAAUGCGGUGCCCGAGGGGGGCAAAGUCACCCUGACCUGCACAAGCACGGGCAGCAAACCCCCCGCCAGGCUGCGCUGGUACCGAGGAACCCUGGAGCUGGAAGGACGUCCAGACGUGGUGGAGUCCGUUCCAGAUGAUCCCACAUACAACGUGAGCAGCGAGCUCGACCUGGAGGUGAGUCGCAGCGACGACAACGCCCUCAUCACCUGCGCCGUCGACCAUCCCUCCCUGGCCUCGGGGGGCAAGAGGAGCGAGCAGGCCCUGCGGGUGCUGUAUCCUCCUAACGUACAGAUUUCGCCUGGGAGCGAUCUACCCAGAGAGGGAGAUAAGUUUCAUCUUGAGUGUAAGGGGAACGGCAAUCCCGAGCCCUCCUCCUACGUGUGGGAGAAGAAGGAUGGAGAGCUCCCUCCACUGGCCAAGGUCGACGGUGCUUUGUUGCGCUUCGAGAUGCUCAACAAAACAGAUGAUGGCGUCUACCUCUGCAACGCUAACAACGGCAUCGGCGACGGCCUGGGGGAGUACACCCUCCAUGUGCAAGAUGCUGCAGACAACAUGCCAGACCCCACGGCCAUGUCGACAACUUCGAGCGUGGACCAUGCGGUGAUCGGAGGGGUGGUGGCUGUGAUCGUCUUCAUCCUGCUCUGCCUCCUCAUCGUCCUCGGCAGAUACCUCAUCAGACACAAAGGAACGUAUCUGACCCACGAGGCCAAGGGCUCGGACGAUGCUCCCGAUGCGGACACGGCCAUAAUCAACGCAGAAGGAGGCCAUUCUGGAGCAGAGGACAAGAAGGAGUACUUCAUUUAGACGGAGGGGAGAAAAAAAAGAGGAGGAGGGGAAAGACGGAGGACGUGGAGGAGAGGAGAGGAGAAGAGAGGGGGAAGGAGCGAAGGGAAAUAAGAAAAAACCUCCAUUUGUUUUCACUACGCUUCAGUUCUUCACUCGGUUGGAGGGUUGACGGACGGGAGGGGAGGGGGAGGGAAAGAACUGUGGGCAGGAUCGAGCGACGAGUCGAGCUUCAACUGGUACUACCCUCUUUGCAUUGAUACAGGGAAGUGAGAUUUGCACUGACAUACGGACGAACUGAAGUCACACACUCCAACACACACACACACACACACGCAUGCACGCACACACACACACACACACACAAACAUACACACAAGUCAUUUGUGGGAGGGGGGGGUGAUAUCUUCUCCCACAGACUUGAACAAACACGAGCCUCCUACUAACAUGUCUGAAUGAAUCAUCAACACAUUUUUACACAAGCAUCACGUCCCAUUUCUAACUUGUCAGCGCCUCGGAAAAAAAAAAAAGAAGCAAAAAUUGUAACUCACAUUCCGGUUUCCUGAGCUGAUAUUUCACUUUUCACGCCUCCUCCUCCUCCUCAACAUUUAAACCUUAAACCAGCUCUGUCUUUCCACAUGUACCCAUUCCCCUCCAUCUAACAAGGCAGUAUCCCUCUGUAAACAUCCCCGUGGUAGAGAAAUCCUUCCAAAGCAUAUUAUGACUGACAAACGUAAUCUCCCUCCCUCUCGCCGUUUAAUCUUUUUAUACCAUCAAACCUCUUUUCCUCCGAGUCCUCGCAGACCCCCCCCUCCCCCCCCGAUACGACGCCGUCGAAUUUCCCACAGCGCAGCAACCCAUACAACAUGCAACAACACAAAUAGCAUUCCCGCCUUGUGCUACCAAGCUGAGGGGCUCCAGUAUACAUAUAUAAAUAUAUAUAUAUAGAAUUAUAUAGCAUUCUUUUUACUUGACAGAAAAUGUUUGGUGUGCUGUAAAUACACAAUCUCUCUCUUUCUGUCUGUCCUUCUCUCUCUCUCUCUCUCUCUCUCUCUCUCUCUCUCACAGUCUGUUACUGCAGUACAGUAACUUAUAUACUCGGAAAAAAAAGAAAAAAAAAAAAAAGAGAAGCCUGCCUGUUUUUAUUACAUGCGUGGAAAUGCAGAGUCGAAACUAUCAAUAUCUGGGGGGAAAAAAUAUGAAAAUACCGACGAUGACGAUGAACUAACCUUAACCGCAAAUAAUUUGUAUGAGGAACGUUCUUGUUUUGUUGAUUUCUUUUUUUCAUUUGGGGACUUAACGAGAGAUUUUUUUUUUUCUCUCUCCUCGGUGUCUCAGUGUGUUACCGUUCCAGUGUUAACAGUUUACAGUGUCCGUCUCUUUGUCAGUCUAGGAGUCCAUCAAUCUGAUUUAUAACUUGAAUUUUCAGUUUUAGAAAUACACGUUUGGUUUAUUUCGUAAUCCUUUUUUUUUUGCGCAACCUUCAGUGCCGACCAUUUUUCAUCCAACAAUGUCUGCUCCCCAAACACGAAACUGUAGCAAAACCUCGUUCGAACAUUGUUUCAAAAAGGGUGUCAAAAGUGUUUGUCGGAGUCUUAAGCCACUCGGGGGGCCCCCAAUGCCGAACAUUCACUCGGCUGUUUUUUUUUCCCCUCGCAGCAGACUAGUCUGUCUUUGGCGAGACCACCUGGCUCUAGUUCAUCGAGCAGUGACAUCAUGGCUUCCUCUAUAAAGCGCUGGCACGGUCCACUGCUCCGGGGAGGUGAUAAUGCAAACUUUGCUUUCAACAGCAGAGCCAAACCGGAACGCCUACUUGCAUUACGACAAAACGUCCUGGCAAAAAAUAUUUAAAAAAAAAAAAAUUCCUUUCUGUAUUUGUUUCUUUCACAGUGAGCAGGGGAUCAUUCUCCAGCUUAACAAAAAGGUUCCCAUAAAGAAAGGGCGUUUUAUUGAGGGUGGGAGUUAGCUUUGGCACUGGUGAGCUCCACUUGGCCUGGUCAUGGAAAUUGAUUGCAAUCUAACUAAGAGGCUCUGGGCUCCAGACUGUUCACAUGCCAACGUUUGGCUUGGUGGGCAUGGAGCCGAGCCGGAGUCUGGCUGCACUAACAUUGAACAAAGUCGUUUAGGAACUUAAACGUCCUUUCCCCCCCCCUCCUCUGCUUCACUCGUCCACUUCUUCUCAUUCUUUAAUCAAUCAUCCUGUCUGCGUCCUGAUCCACCUUCACCCUGCCUCUCCCCUCCUCAUCACUCCGUCUUCCCUCCUCUCUCUCCAUCUCUGAUCGAUGUCUGAUUCUCAUGCUGGUCUCGCUCUCAAUCAGGAGUCCACGUAGACAUACAGUAGAAGUAGAGCCUGUAGGCUUGUUUGCGCGUGCUAACGGCUCUCUGCGGCACUUUUUCCAAGUGUUCAUAGGAGAGGAAUCCAUUUGCUGUUGUCCGUCGACCCGUAGACAGUUAAGUCUGUGAUAGUUUUUGUACAACCUUUUAUUUUUAUUUUUGGGGAAUGUUCAGGGAUUGUGCUUUUCUGUACCUUUCCCCGCAUUGUUGCUAACCUAGCUAGCUAGCUGCUUGGAAGUCAAGCAGCCUGGUUAGUGUGUCUAUAAGCUAGCUAAACUUCUAAAGGGUAAUGUGACCUGAAGCAAGGGUCGGCUGUUUUUGAUCCUUUUUAUUUACUUUGGAGGAAUGUGGGUUGGCUGUGUAAGCCGACGCUGCUGUAAACUUGGCUAACAAACAGUGUUUUGAAUUCCGCCGGAGGCUAUUUGGACGUGAACUCGACAGCUUUAAACAAACUCGAGAUGAAUUGUUGGGAGGAAUUAGAGCAGUGCUUACCCUGUGUUAGCGCUGCGACAGCUUUAACAGCGUUCAUGUCUGCAGACCAGAGGACGGGCUUCGUCUCAGAGGGGUGACUCGCCCCCCUUCGAAGAGAAAUCUUUGAUUUGUAUUUAACCCCAGUCUAAUCCUGCGAAUGGAGAAAAAGGAAAAACCUGCCUCAUACUCAACAAAGUGUAGUGUCUUUUUCAAAACUAAUGGACCUGUAUUUGCCUGUAACUUAUCGUCCUGUCCUUCGUCUUAGUUAAUGUGCUAGCAUGUAGCUUGCAUGAGAAACGGUUGGAAAUGUAGAUAGUGUCGGAAAAAGAUGAGAAGUGCCGACGAGCUCCCUCUCCCGAGACGAGAGUGGCGGCCGGGCCCCGGCUGACCUCCCUGCUGUUCUCUGAUCUGCAAACAUGGGGCCAUGACCCAGUUAGACCCACGAGUACAACCCCUCAAAGCUGUGGUGCUUGGACUAACACGAUGAAAAGUGGUGAAGAAGUAGGACUCCUUCUGCUUUUUUUUCUUCUCUCCCAGCCACUACUAUAUUAAAGCUAAAUCGGGGUAAAGUGGCGUUAAAUUGGGACAUGCAGUCAGCCUAAUUCAUAUUUCAUUGCAUCAGUGCGGUAUUGACGAGCUGUCACCACAUUCUAGCAAACAGCGGAGUGUUUUUUUUUCUUUUCUCCUCUCCCUUAAUUCAGUCAGUCCGAGCUGUGCUGCCCCAACACUUAACCUUCACCGCCAUCUCUUCAGGCAGUCGCACGCCACCUGCCACUCAUCUCUCCUUUUUGUAGUAAACAAAUUGACUUUUAAAUUAUGGGUUUUAAGAGGUGUGCAUAAUCUUUUUUUCGUGCAGUUCAUAAUUAUGUUUUUUUUUCCUUUUCUUUUAAAAAACAAAAAUUGAUUUCCCAAAACUUGAAGUUAGUACAUUUAUUUUGGCGUAUUUGAUUGUUUCAGCAACCACUUUGAUAUAAUUUCAUGUAUAUACUGUAGUGUUGCCUUUACUCUUUCAAGCGCACCCGUACACACUUAGCACACACACACUUUGGGUACAUACACAUCCACACACAUAUCUGGAUAUGCACGCAGGCAUGAUGUCUGUGACUAUGGUGUAUUUGUACAUAUGUGUGUGUAUGUGUAUUUGUGUAUGAGUGUGAGGUGUGUAUUAAUUGACCCAAACAGACUCCGGAGACACUCUUUGUGUAUGUUGCGUUCACAAGAAAAACCCUUUUUUUAUUUCGACGACUAAAACCACGUGUCUGUUUUUAGGAAUUAUUAUUUUGGAUGAAAAGUCUUCCUUUUGAAUAAAUAUCCAUAUCAUAUGAAAACAGUGCUGUCAUGUAUGUCAAUUUGUACUAUGGCUGAUGAUGUCUUCAAGACGAGUCCUGACCGCAUGCUGUGGUGGGUUUGCGUCUGUUGGCUGGUAUGUUCAUACAGAAUUUGUUUGAUUUUAUUUUUGUGUUCAAAUACCAGUUCAGUUGUUGACUUCAAUAAACAUGCAUUUGGGUUAAUUUCA